CCCUCCUUUUAAUUUGUUUUUUGCUUCUCUCUUUCAUUUCCACACAUCUCUCUUUUCCCUUUCUCUCUAUCACUAAUCUCUUUGUUAUGUGAUUCUCCACUAUUACUUGUAUCUCACAAAAACGCAACAAGCCUUUACAAAAGGAAAAGAAACAUCACAUAACCAUGGUUUUUACCUCCCUUCCAGCUUAUCUUGAUCCAGCCAACUGGCAACAACAUCCGAAUCAUCCAGCUGGUGAUGGUAGUGGCGCUAACGCUCAUCAGCUCCCUCCUCCUCCUCCACCACCGCCGCUACCAGCUCCUCAACCACAUGGAGGGGGUGGAGCAGGCUCGAUCCGGCCCGGUUCUAUGGCCGAUCGAGCUCGUUUGGCCAACAUACCGAUGCCCGAAGCAGCAUUAAAAUGCCCAAGAUGUGAAUCCACCAACACCAAGUUUUGCUACUUCAACAACUACAGCCUCACUCAACCCCGACACUUUUGCAAAACUUGUAGAAGGUACUGGACUAGAGGAGGUGCCUUGAGAAAUGUUCCGGUCGGAGGUGGAUACCGGAGGAACAAAAGAAGCAAAGGGAGCAGCUCGAAAUCUUCGGCCAGCGGUGACCGACAAACGGCUUCGGGUUCUUCCAGUACAAUUUCUUCAAACAGUACUGGGAACACUGAUAUUUUAGGCCUUGGACAUCAGGUUCGCCCACAGAGAUUCAUGACCCCUUUGCAUCAUCUUACUGAAUUUGGUGGCAGCGAUCAUAUUGGGUUGAAUUAUGGGACCAUGUCAGCUCCACUUGGUGGAAUGAAUGACUUGAGUUUUCAAAUGGGAAGCGCUUUAGCUAGCGGCAGUGGCGGUGCUACUCCCGGCACUUCACUUUUGACUAUGGCUGGUUUGGAUCAGUGGCGGCUACAACAACCCCCACAAUUUCCUUUCCUAAGUGGUUUGGAAUCUUCUCCCGGGAUGUACCAAUUCGAAAGUGGAGGCGGCGGUAUUGAGGCAUCCGGUUAUGGAGGUGAAGCCGGUCAUCAUCAGGUUAGGCCUAAGAUAUCGAGCUCAAUAGCAACCCAAAUGGCUUCGGUGAAAAUGGAAGAUAAUAGUAAUAACAAUAGUAACCAGCAAGAACUGAUGAAUUUGUCAAGGCAGUUUUUGGGGCUUCAAGGAUAUGAUCAUUACUGGGGUGGAACUGCAUAGUUUCACCUCUUCAUCUACAACAAUUAUGAACACAAAUUUACUUACUUUCCAACUCCAAAUGUCAUCAAUAUGAUCAAACACUAGAUUUGGUAGGCGUUUCUUUUUUACUAGAAUUGGUAGGUUUCAAUGUAUGUGUUGGUUUUCCAUAGUGAGUGUAUCGGUUUAUAGAGCUUGUAUCAGGCAUAUACGUACUGAUGAUAAAGUUCUGAGCAAAAUAUAUAUUUGUUUUAGUUCUCUAGUUUCACA